AUGGACGACUCGCUGAACAUUCCCGUGCAACAUUACUACCAGCAACAGGAUUUCAUGACCGACCAGACCCAUCUUCAUGGUCUAGGUUCGACGUUAGAGUCAAUCAACAAUGUCAUGGAUCCAACAAACACCAAUGGUGAUGCCGGUAUGGCACAGCAUCAGCAGGCCUUCCAUAAUAGCCAUCUUUUGCAGCUCCACCAUCAGCAAAUGCAACAGCAGCAACAGCAGCAACAACAUCAACAACAACAACAUCAACAACAACAUCCAUUUGGCCAUCAGGAUAUAAACACAGUAAACGACCAGCUGCAUCAGCUUCCCGACGACCAUGUGCGAGAUCAGCAGGAAGGUCUUGUGUCCGAGCAGUCCAUGGAACAGCAGACAAGUACGGACCAACCGUACUAUGUUAAUGCAAAACAGUACCAUCGGAUUUUAAAGAGACGAAUUGCACGUGCCAAGCUCGAGGAACACUUGAAGAUCCAAAGGGUUCGGAAACCGUAUCUCCACGAGUCUAGGCACAAGCAUGCAAUGCGUAGACCAAGAGGACAGGGCGGUAGGUUCUUAACUGCAGCUGAAAUUGCAGAACUUGAGAAAAAAGAGAGGGAGAAGGAGAACGGAAAGGAGCUCGAGAAGGACACAGAGCUCGAGAAGGACAAAGAGCUCGAGAAGGACAAAGAGCCCGAAAAGGACAAGGAGAAUGGAGUAGAGCUGGAAAAGGUUCCAGGUGCAGAUGCCGUGAAGAACAUCAACGGUACUGUCGAUGAUACCAACACCAAUGACGAUAUAAAGGGAAGUGGAUAUGUGGAUAACAACACAGCGGUAAAUAGCAGCACGGAAAACAACAACACAGAAACAAAUAAUGAUAACCGCUCUGCAUCGAAUAAUGAGCUUCCCCACUCAGCAGAGAGUAAGCCUAAUAUCAAACAAGAAACCCCCUUGGAAUAUCCAAAAUAA